UCAAGGAGGGAAAAAAGAUAAAAGUAUGAUAAUAUUGUUUGCACAUUGCAUGUUUCUACUUCACCCUACAAUAUUCAUCAUAUUCAAUUUCUCUCUCUCUCUAAAUACAUCUCUAUAUAUUGAAGAACACAUGACAAGCAAAAUAGGAAGAAAAGAAGAAUUCUUAAAACCCCAACAAUACAACAAACAAAUGCAAAACCUCCUUAAUCUCCUUCUCCUUCUCUUUGCUCUCUUUCCUUCAUUCCAAGCUCUUCCAUGGAGGACCCAAGAGAACCACCUUAACAACUUUGAAGGCUCCUCUGACCUUGUAAACCUAGAAUACCACAUGGGUCCUGUCCUUGCUUCCCCUAUCAACCUUUAUAUAAUUUGGUAUGGCCAUUGGAACCCUAACCUCCAAGACAUUAUUAGAGAUUUCAUUUUCUCACUCUCUUCUCCUUCUCCUUCUCAUCGUCCUUCUGUCACCGACUGGUGGCAAACCAUCGAGCUCUAUGCCGACCAAACUGGCUUGAACAUCACUGGGACCAUCCGACUCUCCAAUGAGUUUCACGACUCGUCGUAUUCCCAAGGCAACUACCUAAGCCGUUUAGCCAUUCAACAUGUCAUAAAAAACUCAAUCACCUCUCAAAAUCCAAGACCUUUGCCUCUAAAUCCCUACACUGGCCUUUACUUAGUCCUCACUUCACCAGAUGUCCAAGUGCAAGACUUUUGUAGGGCAGUUUGUGGCUUCCAUUACUUCACAUUCCCGGCCGUCGUUGGAGCGACGGUACCGUAUGCUUGGGUUGGUCAUAGCGGGAAGCAAUGCCCUGGCAUAUGCGCCUACCCGUUCGCACGACCAGAAGGCUCAGAGGCUCCACCGCCGAGCGGGAUCAUGGGGGCGCCGAACGGGGACGUGGGAGUUGAUGGGAUGGUAAGUGUGAUAGCUCAUGAGUUAGCAGAGACAUCAAGUAAUCCACUGGUAAAUGCUUGGUAUGCAGGGGAUGAUCCAACAGCACCAACAGAGAUAGCUGAUUUGUGUGUGGGAUUGUAUGGAUCAGGUGGGGGAGGGGGAUAUGUUGGGAAUGUGUACAGAGAUUAUUGGGGAAAUGGGUAUAAUUUGAAUGGUGUUAAGGGGAGGAAAUUCUUGGUUCAAUGGGUUUGGAAUCCUGUUCAAAAAAGAUGUUUUGGACCAAAUGCUUUGGAUUAAAUUAAAUUAAAGGUUCUUUUUCUUCUUGUUAAUCUUUUAUUUAAUUAUACUGGGUUAUAUUUGGAUUUUGUUUUCAUGUUCUCGGGUUUUGGUUGGUCAUUGGGAGCUUCUCAAAGAUUCGAAAAUGAGACCAUUUUGAAGGGUUAUUUAUGAGGGAACAAGAGUUAUGUAUUCUUUUGAGAGACUAGAGGUUUUAUGUAUAUUAGUUUAUUCAGGUUGUGGGUCAUUCGUUAAUAAUCAUAAAAAUAAAUAAACCUAGGUUAAUCGGAUUGUCGAAUUGUUUCAAUGUACCUUUGAGAGGUAUAUAUUAACUAUAUAUUUUAAAAGUUGAUGAACCAAAAUAUAGAACUUUUAAAAAAAAAAUGAAAUUCAAAAGCAAUUUCAAAACCAAUUUUGUAUUAUGUUUUAAUAAAUGUUCGAUUCCUCUUCUAAACUAAUAAUAAUAAUAAUUUCAAAUAAAGAUAUCCCAACAACGACAAAAAAAUUCUAAAUUUCACUAUCAAUUUUAAAGUCAAUCAACACGGUAAAUUGCGGAUGGACAAAGUUAGUACCUUUAGUUCCAAAAUCAUUCAAAGAUGACAAUUAAUUAAAACAAAAGUUAGUAAUUGACUAAAUUAAACAAUGAUUAACAAUUUAUUUAAAAUAAUAACUUUUCCUGUUUGACAGUCAAUUUACCCCAUCUAGUUAUGUCAAUGAGUGAAUUAUAUUAUUUUAAUGUCAAUCAAU